GCACUAUAGAAAACUGAACUGAUCCACCUGAUAGGUGAAGCUCGGUGUGACGUCAGCUGGUCUGAGAUCAGCUGAUCGCUUCACUCUAUCUUACUGCUACUGGCUAUACAGCUGGCAGUUAUGACUCCAUUUGUCGACUUAACGACACAUUAUGAGCUCCUGGCCUUGCUGAGAAACUGAGAGCGUCUGGCUACCGAGAGGGGCGGAAGCUUCAGCUGCAGAUAAAUAAUGUCUUAUCUCUGAGGAUGGGAGGAAGCGGAUCCAAAGUCAAAGGUGCCUGGCCUUUCUCAGGCAGCGGAGGGGACUCAGGGGCCGAUGGAAACGAACAGUCUGUGGCCCGCCUGAAAGGUUCCAAAAAUGCAACGCCGUUUGUUUUUACCAGGAGGAGCUCCUUGUACUAUGAUGAGGACGGUGAUCUAGCCCAUGAAUUCUAUGAGGAGACGGUGGUUACGAAAAAUGGCAGAAAAAGGUCCAAGUUGAAAAGGAUCCAGAAGAAUUUGAUUCCACAGGGAGUGGUGAAGCUCGAUCACCCCUGCAUUCAUGUGGAUUUCCCCAUCAUCCUCUGUGAGGGGUAAAGAGUUUCUCAGCUUUGACCUUCUCAACACCUCUUGUUCCAGUCAGACAGGAUCAUGGUGAAGACUGGAAAAAUGACGGCUUGGAAAAACGUGGAAUACUCGGCUCACCUUUUGUUAAAAUGCAGCAUUUGAACUGUGAUUACAGAGAGCAUCAUUCCCUUUUUUUAACGGCACUAGUGGCUCGUUGUUUGGACAGUUGGCUGACAGGAAAUGGGGUAUGAGAGAGGGGGAGAGACAUGUGGCAAAGCACCACAGGUCGGAUUCAAAAGCGGGCCGGCCACAUGGAGGACUAAGGCCUUCAAUAGUUUGUGCUAACCAUUGCGCCACCGAAGCACGCUCCGAUCCUCUGUUGUCUUUACUUUGACUUUGCAGAAGUAGUCAUGGAAAUUGUUUAUUGUACAACAAUGAUCUGGCAUGAACACCAUCUUGGAGAAGUGUCUGUUUUGUUUCCCCUGUGAGUUUUGUUUUCUUCUUUUUUUACAGGGAGAAACUUCAAUGAUGUGAAAUGGCUGUAAUUGUUUCUGCCUUGUGUGAAACAGUACUGUGUGUGUUGAGCUGUACAGUUCUCUCUACAUGUUGGUUAGAUCUGUCGGAGACGGACGGAAGAAUAAAGGGUAGCAAUAAAAGAAGAUUUUUGAAGUUUCUAAUGCAUAUACUUUGUUCUGUCUGAGUCUGUCUUAGAGUUUAGAGCUCAGACCUGCACUAGUGAACAUAAUGUACUGUAAAUACUUUCUUAGUUGGAAAUACUUGAAUAAAUGGUUUACU